AUGGUCUGCCAGUCUUCCCUCCCGCCUCACAGGAAGAAAAAGAGACUGUCUCCUGCCCCUGAGCUGAAGGAGACGUCAACUUGUCAACACUUGCCGAGGGGGGAAAAAAAAGAGCAGCAAGAAGGAGCUGAACAUAUUGAUGAAGUACAAAAUGAAAUAGACAGACUUAUGCAUGCCAGUGAGGACAUUUUGAAAGUACAACAGGAAUAUAACAAAUUCUGCCAACCAUUUUUUCAGAAAAGGUUGGAAUUGGUCGCCAAAAUCCCAGAUUUGGGGGUAACAGCAUUUGUCAACCAUCCACAGUGUCUGCACUGCCUGGGGAAGAGCCCGGAAGGGGGGCUGCAUUAUCUGGCAAGAGUUGAAGUGACAGAAUUUGAAGACAUUCAAUCAGGUUACAGAAUAGAUUUUUACUGUGAUGAAAACCCUUACUUCAAAAAUAAAGUUCUUUCCACAGAACUUCAUCAGGACAAGAAUGGCAUUCCCUCUUCCAAGUCCACUGAAAUCAAGUGGAAAUCCAGAGAGGAUCUGAUGAAAUGUUCCAGUCAAACACAGGAUAGAGCCAGUCGGAAGAGACAGCGUGAGGCAUCCGAGAGCUUCUUCACCUGCUUUACUGACCAUUCUGAUGCAGAUGAGUUUGGAGGGGUCACCAAAGACAGUAAUUGGCCAAAUCUGUGACAGCGCUAUUUCGUUCCCAAAACGGAUGAUGAAGGAGGAGGAGGGGAGGAAGAAGAUGAUGAUGAUGAAAAUGAAGGAGGAUUGGAAGAUAUUGAUGAAGGGGGUGACGAUGAAGGUGAGGAAGAUGUGAACAAUGAGGGGGAGGAAGGAGAGGAGGAGGAGGAAGGAAAAGCUGACUAA